AUGACUACUGCCCUCAUCCAAUGCGGGUCGCAUAAACAGGCCGAUGCCUCGGUAAGGCUUGUGCAAAUGACAACUGCCAUUGUCACUCGGUUGCAUCGUCUCUCGUUCUUUGGCACCUUCUCUCGAAUUCGCCUGCUGUCACACCCACCCAGCCGUCGACACUCGCCAGCACACAGACGCAUGCGCUCGUGCAAAGCGUGCCAGGUAGUCGACUCAACACUGCAUCGACGCAAUUGCGGACUCAACCUUCGGCAGACAGACUGA